GCUGACUAUAUGGAUCUCUCAGUUUUUGUGGAAAUCAUCUGUGGCGUCCACUCCAGUAAUGGCAGAUGUACCGCCGAUCGAGUCCGUGAAAAUGACCUCUUUUAACAAACAAUUGAAAGUGCCGCCGGCAGGUUCGGAUGAGAGUUAUGCAAGGUACCUUUAUGACAAUUCGAAAGACGGUACUUACCACAGCAACGGUGAAGCAAACUCUCAAAGCUCUGCACCGUUCUCAGGCUACGAUACUUUAGAUGAGGCACCAAACUACGAUUUUUAUGCCAACACUGUGGUCCGAGGGAAAGUGCGCAAGUCAAGACCUUCUCUCUUCCAGCUCCAAUCAGUACUUGAGGAGGAUAGUAGUCCCCCACCGCUGUACGAGGAGGCCAACCGAGCGGCCCAUGGGGGCAUUAAUGGUGAGGACAGCUCAGAGGAUGAGGGGGAGAUGGAGCCUGAAGUGGAGCCGACGAGGUUCGGGUGGGUGCAAGGGGUCAUGAUUCGCUGUAUGCUCAAUAUCUGGGGAGUGAUCCUGUACCUACGACUGCCUUGGAUUACAGCACAGGCUGGUAUUGGUCUUACAUGGGUCAUCAUCAUUCUUUCCUCCUGCAUCACUGGCAUCACUGGCUUGUCCACCUCCGCUAUUGCUACCAAUGGCAAGGUCAAAGGAGGUGGCACUUACUUCCUGAUCUCGCGCAGUUUGGGCCCUGAGCUUGGCGGGUCCAUCGGGCUGAUUUUCGCUUUCGCCAACGCAGUGGCGGUCGCCAUGCACACCGUGGGCUUCGCUGAGACCGUGCAGUCACUCAUGCAGGAAAGUGGCGCCAGCAUGGUGGACCCCAUUAAUGACAUCCGCAUCAUUGGAGUAAUCACUGUCACAUGUCUGCUAGGUAUAUCUCUGGCUGGGAUGGAAUGGGAGUCGAAGGCCCAGGUGAUCUUUUUCCUGGUCAUCAUGAUCUCUUUCGUAAACUACUUUGUGGGCACCGUCAUCCCAGCCACGCCACAAAAGCAGGCCAGAGGCUUCUUCAGCUACAGAGCGGAUAUUUUUGCUGCCAACUUUGUGCCGCAAUGGCGUGGGCCAGAUGGCAGCUUCUUUGGCAUGUUCUCCAUCUUUUUCCCUUCGGCGACGGGCAUCCUCGCCGGUGCCAACAUCUCUGGGGACCUGAGGGACCCAGCGGUAGCCAUUCCCAGAGGAACCUUGAUGGCCAUAUUCUGGACCACCAUGUCCUACCUCUUAAUCUCCUCCACCAUCGCAUCAUGCGUGUUACGUGAUGCAUCGGGUAGUAUGAACGACUCCGUGCCAAUUUCUGAAACCGGCAACUGCGUUGGACUGGGCUGUCGCUACGGCUGGGACUUCAGCGAGUGCACCAAUAACAAAACCUGCGCCUUUGGCAUCAGCAACUACUACCAGAGUAUGAGCAUGGUGUCAGGGUUUGCUCCCCUCAUCGCAGCUGGCAUUUUUGGGGCGACGCUCUCCUCAGCCCUGGCUUGCCUAGUCUCUGCACCCAAAGUCUUCCAGUGUCUGUGCAAAGACCGGCUGUAUCCCUUCAUUGGGAUAUUUGCGAAGGGUUACGGGAAGAACGAUGAGCCAAUCAGAGGCUAUGUUCUGACCUACGUCAUCGCCAUCUGCUUCAUUCUUAUUGCUGAACUGAACACCAUCGCUCCAAUUAUCUCCAACUUCUUCCUCUGCUCCUACGCCCUCAUCAACUUCAGCUGCUUCCACGCCUCCAUUACCAACUCACCAGGCUGGCGUCCCUCCUUCCGGUACUACAGUAAGUGGCUGUCACUGCUGGGAUCGGUGGUGUCUGUGAUCAUCAUGUUCCUGCUGACCUGGUGGGCCGCGCUCAUCGCCAUCGGCAUCGUCCUGUUCCUGCUGGGAUACGUACUGUACAAAAAGCCCUCUGUGAACUGGGGGUCCUCUGUCCAGGCCAGCUCCUACAACACGGCCCUGUCCCACUCUGUCAGCCUAAACUAUGUAGACGACCACAUUAAGAACUACAGGCCCCAGUGUCUGGUCCUCACUGGCCCCCCCAGCCUCCGCCCAGCCCUGGUGGACUUUGUUAGCACCUUCACCAAGAACCUGAGCUUAAUGAUAUGCGGGAACGUGGUUGUUGCUGGCCCCUCCCCUGCAGCCACGGAAUCGGCGGGAAGUAGCAGUCAUGUGGCCUGGUUGAACAAGCGACAUGUCAGGUCCUUCUACCGUGGCGUGGUGGCGGAUGACCUGCGGGGCGGAGUCCAGAUGUUGCUGCAGGCCUCUGGUUUGGGUCGAAUGAAGCCCAACGUCCUGGUGAUGGGAUACAAACAGAACUGGAACCAGGACCGGCCGCACUGCGUGGAGAACUAUGUGGGCAUCUUACAUGAUGCAUUCGACCUGCAGUACGGAGUGUGUGUUCUACGGAUGAAGGAGGGACUGGAUGUGUCCCACAGCCUGCAGGCACACGUCAACCCUGUCUAUGAGAGUGACAUCGGACUUUGCCCCCCACCACCACUCCCUGCCAAUGCCAUAUUGGAUCCUGACGCUUUGGUGGCCGCCCCGCAGACCAGCACAGGGUUCCAGUCCAAGCAGGGGAAGAAGACCAUAGAUGUCUACUGGCUCUCCGAUGAUGGAGGUCUGACGCUGAUGCUGCCCUACCUGCUAAGCCGGAAGAAGCGCUGGGCAAGGUGCAAGGUGCGCGUGUUUGUGGGCGGAGAGAGACAGCGAAUGGAGGAGCAGAAGCAGGAGAUAUUGGCCCUCAUCAGCAAGUUCCGCCUCGGUUUCCAUGAUGUCGAGGUGCUUCCUGACAUUGGCGGGAAGCCGCAGACUGAACAUAUGAAGAGAUUUGAGGACAUGUUGGGGCCCUACAGGCUGAAUGACGGGCAGAAGGACAGCAGUGCAGUGGAGCAGCUGAGGGAAGGAUGUCCCUGGAUGAUAUCUGACGAGGAGCUGGAGAGAAACAAGGCCAAGUCCCAAAGACAGGUCCGUCUGAAUGAGAUUCUACUGGAUUACUCCAGAGAUGCUGCCUUGAUUGUCCUGACCAUGCCUGUGGGACGGAGAGGGGGGUGUCCCAGUACCCUCUACAUGGCCUGGUUGGAAACCCUAUCACGUGACCUGCGGCCCCCUGUCCUGCUCGUCAGGGGGAACCAAGAAAACGUUCUCACCUUAUACUGCCAGUAACCCUGGACAACCCUUUCAACCAAUCAAGAGCCUCCUAACAGCUAGGGCAACAGCUCAUUGACUUUAAAGCUAACUGAUACUGACCAUCAACACUUGAAGACCGGUCUACUUACUGGUUAUAUUAUAAGACAGGAACCUCCCUAAAUUAAACUUGGUUAUAUUUUAUAGUUGCUGCGUAAAGGUACCUAUUAGAUACAGUUUAAUUGAUUUCAAAUAAUCUCGUUUAUAUUGGCUAGCUACAGUUUGCUCAUUUUUCUAGUGCACUUAGGAGAAUGUUAACUACUAGCACUCAAUGGAAUGCAUGGUGCUACUGUACAUCUUGUGCUUGCUUAUAGUAACAGUGCAGUGAGCUCUUGGGUAUGGAAGUUCAUUAAAUGGAAUUGAAAGUAUCUUAAAAUUCAGCAACAGUUGCUGAGCCAAUUUAAAUGAAAAUGUGCAACUAACCAAAAUGUAUAGUCAGAUGAAUGUAAUUUUGUCAUGAAUAUUGGGGAAAAUAUGUUUAAGUGUGAAAUAUUUUUAUAACUAUUUUAAUGGUGUCAAAUAAGGAUGAAAAUAUAUUUGUUAUAUUUGCCACAGUUUGUGGAGUCCCAAGAAUAUGCCUUCACUAGAAAUUCAUAUGCUGAGGAAUCAUAAAUCAAGUUUUAUGGUGCGUGCGACAAUUUACAAUUAAAAAAGUAUGUGGCUGAACUAAUACAGUCAACGCAAGGCCUCCCCAUCUGAUUAAAAACUGGUUAAUAUCCAGCUGUUUCUUCACUUUACUAAUGCUGCCACCAAAAAGGUGUGAUUCAGUGCCACGGAGGGCAGCUGGUUUUGUGCUAUUUUUGUAACCACACACCGCUUCGUUAGCGUUUCUGUCAGAUAGCAGAGAACUCAGAACAGAGCCACACGUGUUGUAUGUCAGUGAGCAAACUGAAUUGUUGCUCUUUAAAAAUUGUACCAAUAUAACAAUUCUUGUUGAAGUUCUACAUAUAAGCAUAUGCUACACAUGACACUUUACCUGACGGUUUGUCAUUUGAUGUAUUUUGUUUUGCAUUGUUUUCCUGAUUUAAUCUUUUUUCCUGCUCUCUAUGAAGCACUCUUGAGUGCUACAGAAAGGAAGCACAAAAUAAUAACAAUAAUUAUUAUUAUUCAGCAAUUGGAACUCAUACACACAUGGAUUACAUUUUAUCUCUGUUCACACACUAUUUUAGGUAUUUUGUGCCACACAGUUCUUAUAAUAAGAAGAUAUCUAUACAAAAGUCAUAGUACUGUAUAGAUAACUCAUACAUAGCAACAACUGACCACCCUCUCUUUCCCUCUGAAAAUUAUCCUCUUCUGAAAAUAUAGUAUAUGGAUUCAACCAACUUGGACCUGUACCAAAUGAGUACUGGAAUUUAAAAGUAAAUGAACAUUUCCUGAAGGAAGAGUCAAUCAUUUAAAAAGCAAAUAUGGAUCAAAUAUACCAAGUGCACAGCCAGUGAAUAUUGAUUUACAAAUGCUUGGUAUGUCCAAACAAAAACUGCCUGACUGAGUUUUGUAUGCAGUACAUGUACUUCGUCCCCAUGUGUCUCUGAAGGGGAUUAUGGGUUUAAAAUUGAUACAAGGUAUUUCUAAUUUAUUUUAAAUUGAUUUUAUGCUGUGCACGCAUAUUUACUUGUGCUUUUGGGUACAUAUCAACUUGCAUUUGUGAAGUAUAUAGCCUACUGUUUAUCUUAUACUUGAUUACUGUAUUAUAAAAAAUAUAUAUAUUUUGUAGGCUAACUGCCCUUGUAUCUUCCGCAUUCCUGUUGUUGCCCUGGAAUUUCAUGAUAAUGGUAUAUUUAACUAAAGCCUGGUGUUUUACUUGGUUUGUUAUUGCAAUAUAGAUCAUUUUAAUGACUUGACUUCAAAUAAACCUUUCUGAAAUCCU